CCAGUCCCCGCACGCUGCCCCGGUGCGCCUGAGAUUCGGAUGCCCGAGGUACUGGAGUGGCCCGCGUUCUGUGUGUGUGACUGCUUGCCGGGUCCCGGCUGCUCCGCGCCACGAUGCAGGUCUCGAGCCUCAACGAGGUGAAGAUUUACAGCCUCAGCUGCGGCAAGUCCCUCCCUGAGUGGCUUUCUGACAGGAAGAAGAGAGCACUGCAGAAGAAGGAUGUCGAUGUUCGUAGGAGAAUUGAACUUAUUCAGGACUUUGAAAUGCCUACUGUGUGUACCACUAUCAAGGUGUCCAAAGAUGGACAAUAUAUCUUAGCGACAGGAACUUAUAAACCUCGGGUUCGGUGUUAUGACACCUAUCAGUUAUCCUUGAAAUUUGAAAGGUGCUUGGAUUCAGAAGUCGUCACCUUUGAGAUUUUAUCUGAUGACUAUUCAAAGAUCGUCUUCUUGCAUAACGACCGAUACAUUGAAUUUCAUUCACAAUCAGGUUUUUACUACAAAACCAGAAUUCCCAAGUUUGGCAGAGACUUCUCUUACCACUACCCGUCCUGCGACCUGUACUUCGUUGGUGCGAGCUCUGAAGUAUAUAGAUUAAACUUAGAACAAGGGCGGUACCUGAAUCCUCUCCAAACAGACGCAGCGGAGAACAAUGUUUGUGACAUAAAUGCCGUGCAUGGUUUGUUCGCCACAGGAACAAUAGAGGGUCGAGUGGAAUGCUGGGAUCCGAGAGUAAGAAAAAGAGUCGGAGUGUUGGACUGUGCAUUAAAUAGCGUCACAGCAGAUUCAGAGAUAAACAGCUUGCCUACCAUCUCUGCAUUGAAGUUUAAUGGUGCCCUGACCAUGGCGGUUGGAACAUCCACAGGGCAGGUAUUGCUGUAUGAUCUUCGCUCAGACAAGCCAUUGCUAGUUAAGGAUCACCAAUACGGGCUGCCCAUUAAGUCAAUUCAUUUCCAGGAUUCAUUAGAUUUGGUCUUGUCUUCAGACUCCAGAAUUGUCAAAAUGUGGAACAGGAACUCUGGGAAAAUAUUUACUUCAUUGGAGCCAGAACAUGACCUGAAUGAUGUUUGCCUCUAUCCCAACUCAGGGAUGCUUCUCACUGCCAAUGAGGCCCCCAAGAUGGGCAUCUACUACAUUCCGGUUUUGGGUCCUGCUCCCAGGUGGUGUUCCUUCCUGGACAACUUGACAGAAGAAUUAGAAGAGAAUCCGGAGAGCACGGUGUAUGAUGAUUACAAAUUUGUCACCAAGAAAGACCUUGAAAAUUUAGGGCUCACACAUCUCAUUGGAUCACCUUUCCUCCGGGCAUAUAUGCAUGGAUACUUCAUGGAUAUCAGACUCUACCACAAGGUGAAAUUGAUGGUAAAUCCAUUUGCUUAUGAAGAAUAUAGGAAGGAUAAAAUUCGGCAGAAGAUAGAAGAAACCCGCGCACAGAGAGUCCAGUUAAAGAAACUGCCCAAAGUUAACAAAGAACUGGCUCUUAAAUUAAUUGAAGAGGAAGAGGAGAAACAGAAGUCCACACUGAAAAAGAAAGUUAAGAGCCUCCCGAAUAUCCUCACAGAUGACCGAUUUAAAGUUAUGUUUGAGAACCCCGACUUCCAGGUGGAUGAAGAGAGUGAAGAGUUCCGGCUUCUCAACCCGCUUGUCUCGAGGAUCAGUGAGAAGAGGAAGAAGCAGCUGAGACUCUUGGAGCAGCAAGAGCUUCAAGCCAAGAAUGAAGAAGAGGAAGAACCGGAAGGAAAACCCAGCGAUGCGGAAAGUUCGGAAAGUUCAGACGAUGAGAAGGCCUGGGUUGAAGAGGUCAGGAAGCAGCGCAGACUCCUGCAGCAGGAGGAGAGAGCGAAGCGGCAGGAGCAGCUGAGGGAGGACCGGCAGACCGUCCUGAAGCCCCAGUUCUAUGAGAUCAAAGCAGGAGAAGAGUUCAGAAGCUUCAAAGAGUCUGCCACUAAACAGAAACUGAUGAACAAAACUCUUGAAGAUCGUUUGAGACUUGAAGCAAAGCAUGGGACGUUGAAUGUCUCGGACACCACUGUUGGCAGCAAGCAGUUGACAUUUACACUCAAGAGGUCUGAACAGCAAAAGAAGCAACAGGAGGCUGAGAAACUACAUCGCCAGGAGAGGAAGAAGUUGCGACGGUCUGCUGGUCACCUGAGGUCCAGACCCAGAAGAGGCCGGCCCUUUCACUGACCAGGAAGUCUGCCUGUGUGUGGCUAGGAAACAAGGCUUCUCCUGUGGACUCAGAAGAGAGUCAGACCAGGCGAGGGAACAGCGUGGUAGUUAAAUCUCCACGUAGAUGUAUGUGCCAUGAUGGUCUGACUUCACCUACCCACCACCCUGCCCGAGCAGUGCCAGGGUGUUUUUUCUAAGUUGUUGCCCCCUUAAAUACUGUGUCCUCUGGGGGUAGUUAGGGAAAGCAGCCUCAUUUCUAAUAAUAGAGGGUCUACAUGAAAUGAAAACAAGAGAUUAUCAUGUUUGCAGGAAUGUCCUUUUUGGUUUAGUUUGGUUUUGGUUUUUCCAGACAGGGUUUCUCUCUGUAACCCUGGUUGUUCUGGAACUUGCUCUAUAGACCAGCAUGGCCUCUAACUCACAGAGAUCCUGUGCCUCCUGAGUGUUGGGAUUAAAGAUGCCCCAGCACUGCCCAGCCAAAAUGUCCUUGUUCAGUGUCUUCUGCUUCUCAGGACUGAGCCACACACAGUUUCACUCCUGUUUGCCUGGCAUCUGCUGGUUGGCCCUGUUUCUAUGCAUGGGUUUAUGCUGGCAGGGUUACUGUGCUUGCUUUUGUGUUCCCUAGGUAUACUUCCUUAGCUAUUUUUAUAUGGAGAGUAUAAGUUAAUGGUAAUCAAUAACAAGCGGAUGCUGCUGGCUGUUUUAACUUGGCACAAAACCCCGUUGUGAUGCGGUUCUAUCUGAGAUGGCAAAUGCUUAUAGGAGGACCUUUCAUGUGCACAGCUUCUCCAAGGAGGACUCCUUCCUGCCUGUGGAAAGUUGAACACUUCACUCUGCUCCCAUAGUUAGGAGUUUCUUAUGUGUGCAAGUGAAAUGGGAGCUCUCUGGACUGUGUCUGUGUCAAGUCCACGAGGUGGAACACGUUAAUUAUCACGGUCUGAUGGUGAUGUGCAAAAGUCAGAGCACGCCACCCCGUCGGUGUCACGGACUUGCUUCACUGUCCCUCCUUCAUUGUGGCCCCUUGUGUCUUCAGCCUGCAAUGUGAACUCAAGAACUUGCUGGCUGGUGGUAUAUGAAUCUACCCCUGGUCCACACCCACACACCCCUCCCGUCCUACCUGUUAACUCCUAAAGCAGACCCCUCUCCAGGCUGAGUCCUGGCGCCCUCCCUUCCCUGUCAUGGAGUUUUUUGUGCAUGCUCAGAGUGCUACUCUGCCAUUUUUCUGUGUUUAUAGUUGCUUUUGUACUCGAGACGGAACCUAAGGGAGUUGGCUCUUGGUUUCUGAGGCUGGUAGCAUGUGCAAAACUGUGCACCCCACUGCAGGCUAGGAAAUGGAAUCCAGGCCAGGCCAUGGCCUUAAAGGGCUUGCCUGAGAACCUGGGACUGGUUUCUGCCAGCUCGCCCCCACCUCCAAAAGCACCCAGCCUCCAAGAUAGCACCACUGCCUGGAGAGUUAGGGGCCUGUGGAGGACAUAUCGAUUCAAACCCUACCCUACAUUGCUGGUUACCAGCCCUAGGACACAGGACCAGGGCUGAGAGGCUCGGGAGGGCUCUGGGAAGGUUAGUUCAGACCAACCCCCCUUCUCAGAGUCCCGGAGGCUCCCUUAUUAUCCAUAACACCCUGAGUCCCCGAAGGCACCUCGCCUGGCACAGAUUCCCUCGUUUGUGGUCACCACACUGACCUUCCUCUCUGUAGAGCAUUCCAGGCAUUCUCUCAGCCCUUACACAUUCCACUCCUUCAACUCAGAAACUCCUAGGCCUCUCAGGUUACUUUUUCCCUGUCUGCUCGAUUCUUCCCUGUUUAAUUUGUCACGCCCCAAUGCCAGCAUGCCAAGAUUACAGAUGACACUCCAUAUAAAUAAGCUUUUAAAACCUUA